UGACAGAUUGAGCCUAGAAGACAGAUUUGACAUUUGAUUGUCAAAAUAGUCUUCGAAAAAAUGGUGUCUUGGAGUGCAUUAGGCCGAUCUUUCGGCUUGAAUUUGAUUAAAAACCAAGUCAAAACACCAUAUAGUGUCCAAAAUGUAUCCUUUACUACAUCCAAAGCCUUGAAAGGUUCCCAUGAACACAAAACAUUCGUCCUACAACCUUCUAGGUGGCAAUGGCACAAAUUCAAGGAUAUGUUCCACUUCUACGCCAUGCUGGGCUUGAUACCAGUAGGUGCUAUCAUCUUCUACACCAACGUGUUCAUCGGGCCAGCUCAGCUGACUCCUAUCCCCGAAGGAUAUGAGCCUAAACAUUGGGAGUACCACCGCCACCCAAUAACAAGAUUUAUCGCCAGAUACAUUCAUCAAAGCCCUCAAGAGGACUACGAAAAGUUCCUCCACUUCCUUGAUGAAGAAAAACAAAAACAAAAGAUACGUAAGUUGGAGAAGGAAAUUGUAAAGAAGAUGAGUGAACGCCACGACUACCAGGCCUACUACUACAAACCUAUGAUCAACAAAUACCAUCGCAUCAAUAAGAAGACUGGUGAGGAAAUGUAUGACCGUGUCGGUGACGAUUUCAAGGAAUAAAAUUUUCUUUUUGAAAACUUCAAUGACUUUAGUAUAUACUAGUAAUCCAG